CCGGCAAACGCUUGUUAUGGUCAAAAAUGGAACAACUUUACGCUGUGGGAAUCACUAUCAUUGAAUUCAUACAGGAUUGGUUUUCAGAUUCCGAAGGCUAUUUCGAAAUGGUGAACGACAUCUCCAAUCCCAAUCGAGUGAUGGAGUUUCUCUUCCCUAUUAUGUCUAUUGUGGACUCCGUAUUUGCUGCGCAAUUGUUGCUCUGUAUGGCAUUUGGAGGAUGGUUGAACAGUGUGCUUAAAUGGUGGCUUUUAGAAGAUAGACCGUACUGGUGGGUGAGAGAGACAGAUUUCUAUGACCAAUACGACAGACCCUCGCUCAGGCAGACGAGACAGACCUGUGAGACAGGGCCUGGGUGUCCAUCAGGCCAUAGCGAGACAACAGCUAUGUUAUUGGUCUUAGUUAUGUGCUGGGUGUCACAUAUUAUGAACGACAGAAAUUACUACGUGAGUUGGUGGAAGUUCCUAAUGUACCCCACGUGCGGUAUGGUGUUGGUCUCAGUGAUGCUGGCCCGCUUGUUUGUGGGAACGCAUUUCCCGCAUCAAGUAGUUCUGGGCGCGUUAGUUGGGGCUUUCCUAGCGCCGGCUCUCUGCAUCUACGUCUCGGACCCGUUCAUCUGGCAAUACGGCGCUUAUAAAACGCGCAGCGUAUCAAAUGCCGUAAAGUGGCACGUUUUGUCAGCUAUCUGCACAAUCGUAAUCAGUGUUGCCACGUAUUAUGGACUCAAGGUCUGCAGGUGGGACCCCAUGUGGACAGUGAAGUUGGCGUUUCGCUGGUGUGAGGCUCCAGAACACAUCCACGUGUCUACAACACCGAUGUACAACCUGGUGCAAGCCACUGGAUAUUUACUGGGCUGGGCGCUUUGGGUCACUCCGAAACUUGCUGAAUAUCGCCACUACACUGCAAACCGUUCCCUCCUUAUAGCAUCGUUUGCUGUCUGCUUAUUAACCUAUAUAUUAAACCAAAUUUCUAAUAAUAUAUGCAAAGGUAAUGCACUGUGGUACUACGCUAUGCAUUUCGUACUGUACGUUGUGAAACCGGGCUUAUAUUUACGACUUGUUCCCGAACUCGCUAUGUGGCCUUACCCCAAGGUUCAGUUACUUAAAAAUAAAAGUGAAUGAAAAUCAUACAGGUAGUAGUUAGUUAAAUAUUUCUCGGUUAUCUUAUUCCGCCGCUGCUGGGUAUUAAUAACAUGUGAUCCGGAUAGAUGUUCCAAAUGAAUAGAUUAAUAUUUACAUCUACCGCCCUUAGUUGAAAUGGCGCUUGUGACAAACUCAAAACUGAAAAAUAGUUAUUUGUUCUGCAAGGCUGCAAAGUUGUUUGACUUGAGUUCUUGUAUAGGUUUCAAUGAACAAGUGAAAGAGACGCAUAACAACUUUGCUGUCGAGAAACAUAUCUUUUCACCUCACUAUAGCGAGGAAAAUGGUAGAUGAAAGAAAAACAGUUGUCAAUUUAAUGUCAACAAUAAAAAGACUGUGGUGC